CUGAAUGUGGUAAAGAUUCACGACUUAACUUACCAAUGAAAAUGUUGGUUAAAGCACUUAUAGAGUUAAGUGGUGACUUCCUGAAUUUACAUCGCAAUCAGGAACAUUUACUACUGGUGGCUAGGAGGGCAGUAACAGCAGAUUCCAGAGGUGCUCAGACGGACGUAAAGAUGGCCGUAGACAAUGAAACCCUCAGUAAUGUCACUUCACAGGAUCUCCCAAAGAACCAAGCCAAUACCAAAUUGGACCUCGUUGUGACAACCAUCAUGACAAUAAUGCUCUUCUUUAUCAUGCUUGCAAUGGGUUGCACAGUCAGCUUUACCAAGAUGUGGAAUCACAUUAAAAGGCCGUGGGGGAUCUUGGUUGGCUUUGUGUGUCAGUUUGGCUUGAUGCCUUUGAUUGGGUUUGUGCUAUCAUUCCUAUUCCAACUGAAAACAGCUGCUGCAUUUGCAGUGGUGCUCACAGGAAGCUGCCCUGGGGGGCUUGGCUCAAACAUUGCAACCUUCUGGAUUGACGGCGACAUGGAUCUCAGCAUUUGUAUGACCGUAUGUUCCACACUCUUCUCAAUGGGGAUGAUCCCACUGUGUCUGUUGAUCUACACGAGCCACUGGGAUGUUAUCAGCGAGAUCAAUAUCCCAUAUGAAAAAAUUAGUUUUAGUCUGUUGCUAUUGAUUAUACCCAUUUCUAUCGGUGCGUUCAUCAACUACAAGUGGCCCAACAAGGCAAAAUUACUGGUAAAGAUUGGAUCGAUUAUUGGUAUAGUUCUGUUGUGUCUAAUUGGCAUUGGUGUAAACUGGCUGUACAAAGACAUGUGGAAAAUGAACCUUACCUUUCUGAUGACUGGGAUAAUAUUUCCGUGUAUUGGAUUCGCUUUGGGCUUUGUUCUAGCCUGGAUUGCUCGUAUGCCCUGGCAAAGGUGUCGUACCAUUUCUUUGGAGACUGGUAUACAGAAUGCUAAUUUGUGCUCCAUAAUUAUCAAGAUCUCAUUUCCCGCUGAGGUGGCUACUGAAAUGAUCUUCUUCCCAAUGGUUUACAGUUGCAGCAGCAUCAUUUUCGGGAUUGCCAUGGUCAUUGUUUACAGAAUUUACGAGGGAAAGAAGUCAAAGAACACAGAAAUGUCCAAAAACACAGACGAAUGUAAUGUGGAAGAGAACUUGACACCCAAGUCGUGUGACACGUCAAAAGUCGACGAUUAAGAGAAAGUUGGUCUUCACAGAUGUGCUUUGUUUGCUUUGAAGGAAAUUGUUUCUAAAGCUGUUGUCUUUAAAAUACUAAAUUGUUGUUACAAUGCUUUAAGUAGCCGCAUAACAUUUUUUGUCCAGCUUUAUUAGGAAAGCGGCAUUCAUUGCGUAGGAGGGAAUGGAGCCAGAGUUCAAUGCCAUUUUAUCACAUUGCCUUUGUCUUUAAUGAAAUACAUAUGUGUUUACUUUAUCCAUUUACCAACCACUUUUACAGGAAGAUAAUACUUCUGUAAUACAAUGAUUUUGCAAUUUGGAUUAUUAUAGUAUUACUUUAUUUAGAUCUCUGCCACACGAUGAAUUUUGUUCAGAAUUUCUUAUUGAUUGAAAAUCACUGUUGAUGGCAUAGAAUACUUUUUUCCCCCCAAAAUUACAAUGAAGCCAAAUUAAAAACUAACAAAUUAAAAACUAACUUGCCGCCCGAUAUAUGGCGCCUGUGAAAUGUUUUAUAUCUAGAUACUAAUAUUAAAAAUAAUACCAAAAUUUUUUU